CUGCUCUCACACCCACGCCCGCGGCCGCCCAGGGCCUCCCAGGAGGCCCCGUGGCCGGCUCUGCCGGGAGAGGCCGGUGCUGCCCAGGACCUGCCGGCGCUGGCCGCCCGCGGACAUGACGCCUGAGGACCAGGAGGAAACCCAGCCGCUCCUGCGGCCGCCGGGGGGCAGCGUCCCCCGCGGCCGCCGCGUCUUCCUCGCCGCCUUCGCCGCUGCCCUGGGCCCGCUCAGCUUCGGCUUCGCGCUCGGAUACAGCUCCCCGGCCAUCCCGAGCCUGCGCCGCGCCGCGCCCCCGGCCCCCCGCCUCAGCGACGCCGCCGCCUCGUGGUUCGGGGCCAUCGUGACCCUGGGCGCGGCGGCGGGGGGCGUGCUGGGAGGCUGGCUGCUGGACCGCGCCGGGCGCAAGCUGAGCCUCCUGAUCUGCACGGUCCCCUUCGUGGCCGGCUUUGCCGUCAUCACCGCCGCCCAAGAAGUGUGGAUGCUGCUCGGGGGCCGCCUCCUCACCGGCCUGGCCUGCGGCGUGGCCUCGCUAGUGGCCCCGGUCUACAUCUCCGAGAUCGCCUACCCGGAAGUGCGCGGGCUGCUGGGCUCCUGUGUGCAGCUGAUGGUCGUCUCGGGCAUCCUCCUGGCCUACCUGGCAGGCAGGAUCCUGGAGUGGCGCUGGCUGGCCGUGCUGGGCUGUGUGCCCCCCUCCUUCAUGCUGCUGCUCAUGUGCUGCAUGCCCGAGACCCCGCGCUUCCUGCUCACUCAGCACAAGCGCCAGGAGGCCCUGGCUGCUGUGCACUUCCUGUGGGGCGCUGAGCAGGACUGGGAAGAGCCCCCUGUCGGGGCUGAGCACCAGCAGGGCUUCCAGCUGGCCCAGCUGAGGCGGCCCGGCAUCUACAAGCCCUUCGCCAUCGGCACCUUCCUCAUGGUCUUCCAGCAGCUGUCGGGGAUCAACGCCGUCAUGUUCUAUGCCGAGACUAUCUUUGAGGAGGCCAAGUUCAAGGACAGCAGCCUGGCCUCCGUCAUCGUGGGCGCCAUCCAGGUGCUGUUCACGGCCGCAGCCGCCCUCGUCAUGGACAGAGCUGGGCGCAGGCUGCUCCUGGCCUUGUCAGGUGUGGUCAUGGUGUUCAGCACCAGUGCCUUCGGCGCCUACUUCAAGCUGAUGCAGGGCAGCCCCAGCAACUCCUCACAUGCCGACCUCCUGGCACCUGUCUCCAUGGAGCCUGCCGACCCCAGUGUAGGGCUGGCCUGGCUGGCGGUGGGCAGCAUGUGCCUCUUCAUUGCUGGCUUCGCUGUGGGCUGGGGGCCCAUCCCCUGGCUCCUCAUGUCUGAGAUCUUCCCUCUGCAUGCCAAGGGCGUGGCCACCGGCGUCUGUGUCCUCACCAACUGGCUCAUGGCCUUUCUAGUGACAAAAGAGUUCAGCAGCCUCAUGGAGGUGCUCAGGCCCUACGGAGCUUUCUGGCUCGCCUCCGCCUUCUGCGUCAGCAGCGUCGUUUUCACUUGGUUCUGCGUCCCGGAAACCAAAGGGAAGACUUUGGAGCAAAUCACAGCCCAUUUUGAGGGGCGAUGACAGCCCUUCCCAGGAGAUUGGGCUCCGAGGGGACAGAGCCUAUCUGUGACUUCAGGUCAGGGAGCCGGGAGCCAGGACCGCAGCUGCUGGCAGCCUCAUCCUCCAGGUCCCUCCCUCCUGCUCAGCUCCCUGCAGCCCCACGAGCCACGCACAGGAGGUUCCCAGACCCGGGGCCCAGUUCCCACCGCUGCUCUGAGACGGGAGGAGGGGACAUCUCGGAGGGUCUUCAGUGCCUGUGGCCAGGCCUUCUGUGCUCUCCUGUCAUGAUAUGAAGCGACAGUGGAGGAGGGGGACGCUUGGAUCCUCACCUUCUGCAGGAGGUGCCUCUGGAGGCUGGGUGGCCGCCCAUGGCCUCCCAGGAGGGCAUUUGUUUGCCAAAUAAAGACUUGACUCAGAAAGUCA